GGGUAAAGGAGAGGUGGAGGAAGCGGGCCACAGACACAGACGAUGCAUGGUCAAAAUAACCGAUGUUGAAAGACUUGGGAAUUCUGGCGGGCACUCGGACUGAUGGAGGCUGUCCAGGACUGGUGGUGAGGCCCGCACCCCGGCCCCAAAGACAGGUGGAGGCCUUGGGGAGCCAAAGCAGCGGAGCAUCGCUUGGGAGCCAGCCAGGGGAGAUGUCUGUGUUUGCAGCACACGGAUCCCUGGGUCUGCCGUGGGGGAGUGAGAAGGCGGAUGCCUCCUGACUGACAAGAAAGCCAAGGUGGAAACAAAUCCAAGAGAUAGACGAGGGAGCCUGGGACGGGAGCCCAAGAGAUCGGCCGGGGCUGCGGAGCUCUGCUUUAUACCAGGAGGCUGGCCCAGGACAAGCCUUAUUAAGCAGGGCAGGGCUGCUCCUCACACACGCCUGUGGGCUCAGGGCUUGCGAUGUGGCUCCUGUUCUUGCUCUGCCUCCUCCUCCUCGCUCUGGUCCUGCAGGGCAGAGGCUUAAAGGGCUCCCAGGGCCGGCUGCCCCCGGGCCCCAUGCCCCUGCCACUGCUUGGGAACCUGCUACAGCUUGGCCCUUCUGGCUUGGACAAACGGCUCAUGGAGCUGAGCCGGCGCUUCGGAUCCGUGUUCACGGUGCGCUUGGGCCCACAGCCGUUCGUGGUGCUGAGUGGAUCCAGUGCUCUCAGGGAGGCUCUGCUUCUCCAGGCAGACACCUUCGGCGGUCGAGGUGGCAUGGCCUCCUUUGAUCGCUGCACCCUGGGCAAAGGAAUCGUGUUCUCCAAUGGCCACCUUUGGCACACACUGCGCACCUUCACGGUGGGAGCGCUGAAGAAGCUGGGGCUGGGCACGCGGAGCAUUGAAGAGCGCAUCCGGGAGGAGGCGGCUGCCCUCGUCCAGGAGCUCGCUGUCACCAAAGAAGUCCCAUUUAACCCUCUGCGGCACAUCCGCAACGCCGUGGCCAACGUCAUCUGCUCCGUGGUGUUUGGAGAACGGUACACUUAUGAGGACCCGGACUUCCGCACCCUAUUGGACCUGCUGAAUGACAACUUCCAGAUCUUGAGUUCCCAGUGGGGCCAGAUGUACAACAUUUUCCCAUCCCUCCUGGACUGGAUCCCUGGGCCCCACCACCGCAUCUUCAGUAACUUUAAAAAGCUCCAGGCAUUCAUUUCUGAGGAGAUCCAGAAGCACAAGGAGCGCAGACAGCCUGAAGAGCCCCGAAACUUCAUUGACUUCUUCCUGGACCAAAUGGAGAAGGAGAAGCAGGACCCCAGGACCCACUUCUACCUGGAGACCCUGGUGAUGACAACCCACAACCUCUUCUUUGGUGGCACUGAGACCACAAGCACCACCAUCCAUUAUGGACUCCUGAUCUUACUCAAGUACCCCAACAUAGCAGAGAAGAUGCAGGAAGAGAUUGACAGCAUGGUGGGUCGAGCGCGGCCUCCCUGCCUGGAAGACAGAGACCGUCUACCCUACACAAAUGCUGUCAUCCAUGAGAUCCAGCGCUUCAUCAGUGUGGUGCCCAUGGGUCUGCCCCACAUUCUCACCCAGGACACCCACUUUCGUGGCCACUUCCUCACCAAGGGCACCAACAUUAUUCCAUUACUGAUAUCAGCACAUCAGGACCCAACCCAGUUCAAGGACCCGGAAAACUUCAACCCAAACAACUUCCUGGAUGAUGAGGGGGCCUUCCAAAACAAUGAAGCCUUCAUGCCCUUUGCUCUAGGAAAGCGCAUCUGCCUGGGGGCAGGCCUGGCUCGCAUGGAGAUCUUCCUCUUCCUCACCACUAUCCUCCAGCACUUCACCCUGUGUGCAGUGAAGAGACCAGAGGAGAUUGACCUCUCCCCCAAGUCCACGGGUCUGGGCAACGUGUCUCCCCCUUACGAGCUCCGCCUGAAGCCUCGCUGAGUCCCUUCCAAGGGAGCAUCCGUCACACACAACUCCUGCUCUUGUGUCUUUCUUCCAAUAAAAUCCCAGAAUUUAA